GUGAUCGAAAAAAAACGGUUAACAGUGUUGUCAUUGGUUGCACUGAUCUCAUUGUUGGUGUACCUGAUAUUAGCUUUGUGCACAGCAAUGCUGUAUCAGUGCUAGUCUUAACUUUGCACGAUCUCUGUUGGUAAACAAAAGCGGAAUAAAUGGAAAUACCCAAAUAUGUUUAGCUUUGCAUGUAUUUCCAACACACAUGCACGUACUUGCUCGUAUGAAUGUGUUUGUACGCACAAGUGAAUGAAUUUGGUAGAAAAGUGCGAAAGAAAUUCCAAAAAGAAAUGUGCGCUGCGCCGCUUGGAGAGAUGGAGUUGGAGAUAUAUACCGUCACCAAUAGUCAAGAGCUGCGAAGCGUUGCGCUACCAACCUGGCUUGGUGGCUUCGUGCAGAUGAGUGAACCAGUCUUCGAGUGUGACUUGACUGAAACGGAACGUGGUUUGGCAACGAGUAGUGGCGUUGGUGGCGAUUACCCAGUUUUUUUUUUUUUAUGUUCGUAAUUUUUGAGGAAGAACUUAAAUUCAGCAUUUACGAGCACAUGCCGUUGCCGUGUUGAUAGAGAUUUGUGAAGCGUGCGAGAAAGUCGAACGUAUGUACGUUGUGUGAAUUUGAAGUUGGAAAAUAAAGUAGAGUACGAAAAUUACAAAAAAAAAAAAAUUAAAAACAAAAAAUUAAAAAAAUAGCAGAAAAUUGGAAAUUAAAUUGGCUUAACGUACAAAGUUUUCAAGAUAGGGAGCAAUCAAAGAGUACACUUUCGCACAUUGAAAGGACUUAGAAAAAUGUGUCGCUUAGAUUUUCCGAAGAGUGUCCCAUUAGUGCUGCUGUUAACUGCAUUCGCGCUCUGCUUACAGGGCCAAGCGGAUGCCGCUAAAAUAACAGCCACAAAGGCAACCAACACAAGCUUGAGUCACACAAAUUCGAGUAAUGCGGAACCAAUCAGUGCUACUGAGAAGCCAACAGCACCAUCAACAGUUGUUGUAUUGCCAGCUGGUGCAAUAGCUGAGGCAAAGUCAGCCCAUGAAAGUGGCACAGAAGUCGAUAGCAGUGACAAUGUAGAUAAUAAGGAUGCAAUAGCUACAAAGGACACUGAGGAUGAUGACGAUGACCAUGAUGAUGACGAUGACGAUGAUGAUGACGACGACGAUGAUGCAGAUGAGCAGGUGGAUGGUUCUAAGCCAUCGAAAAGUGCAACAGCGUUAACGGCAGCUGAGAAAGAUGACGACACAACUUCAACGUUCAGCGUUUGGGGUAUGGUGCGAAAUGUAUGGAAUUGGAUAAAAGACGAUUUGAGUGAAAGCCUCUUUGGUGAUGAGAAUGCUGAGGCAGCAGCUGCGACAAAAGCAUUGGUACGGCAAGUGCGCGAUGUCUCCGAUGCAGCAAAGGCGGCAGUAGAGAGUCGUACUUUUGGAAAAAUUCGGCGCCUACAAAUGGCUCUCAUUCCAUUAAUUUUUAAAUUUGGUGUACUCACCGCCAUGGUUGCUUUCCUUAUAAUGCUCGGCAUGAAAACACUAUUCCUGGUCAAAUUGCUUGUACUGAUGAAUGCUGCUGCCAUACUUGCGAAAUUCAUUACGUUGAAAUCAAACUUUGUGGGUCAUGAAUACUCUGCACCCACAUGGAACUAUCAGUCUUGGACGCCACAUUCAUCAGGUGGGUGGGCUGCCUCAGCGCCAGCGGCUACAUAUUCACAUGCGCAGGAACAUCAGCCAACAAAAGAAAUACACUUGCAUAUACAUGGUGGACAAGUGCAGGGUUAUGGUUCUGGUGGGCAUGGCAGUGUGAGUGGUGGACAUGGCUGGGAGAGUCGCAGUGAUCCUUAUGGUACAUAUGCACCUACGCACGACAGUGAAGCAGAUAGCGAACUUAAUAAUAGGGGUCCAGUUGCCAUGUUACCAUCCAGAUAUCCCACAAAUCAGCUGUACUAGUUGAAUGUUGGAUACGAGCAUAAGACAAUAGUCACUGAGUCAGGGUUUUCUCUUUAUUAAGAAUUAGCUUUAUUAAUUUAUUUUUAAUAUCUCUAAAUAAUAUUAAAUUUAUUAAAGCAAUUCAUUUGUAAAUAGUUUUAAAACGUCGAUAUGUAAUUUAGUAAUUUUAGUUGCAAAUGUAAUUAUUUAAUUAUAAAUCAGCCAGAAAGUGUUUAA